AUGGCACCCCCACCUCCUGCCUCCAUGCCUUUGGGCCAGCGCCUUGCUGCCCUUGCCCAAACUCUCCAGUUUGCUUGGUUCGCCGGACACGUUACCCUGCUGCUCGCUACUUUGCGAUACAGCUUGUCCUACAUCACCUUCAACUACUACUCGCGAUGGGCCUCCUUCUCCUACCGCACUGCCUUCCUGUCGGCAUGCGUCACAUACGGUAUCGUAGUCUACAAGGCCUACCGCGCCCGCAUGAGGGCCGGAAAGCAGGGCGGUGUCGUCGCUCUUGCUACCGAUGAGAACGUUCAGUACUUGAUCAUGGCUCUCGUCUGGCUCUUCUCGCGCCAGAUCCCCCUUGCCAUACUCCCCUUCUCCGUAUACUCCGUCUUCCACGUCGCUACCUAUGUGCGCUCCAACCUGCUGCCCACCAUCCAGCCCCCACCCGCUGCUCAGGCCGGCGCCAAGCCACAAGGCUCCGCCGCCUCCGAGGCUAUUGGCAAGUUCGUCAAGGAGUACUACGAUGGCUCCAUGACUCUUGUUGCCCUGCUUGAGAUCUUCCUCUGGUUCCGCGUCCUCGGCUCUGCCAUGCUCUUCCAGAAGGGCUCAUGGAUCCUCCUCGCUGUCUACACUGUCUUCUUCCGCGCUCGCGUUGCGCAGAGCAGCUUUGUCCAGGAGGCUAUCAACCAGCUCACUGCCCGCAUUGACGCUCAGCUUGCCAACCAGAGCACUCCUCCCGCUGCCAAGCAGGGCUGGGCUACCUUCAAGGGCAUUGUCAAGCAAGCUGGCGAUGCUACUGACAUCCGCAGGUAUGUUGGCGGACAACAGGGAGCCCCUAAGAAGGCACAAUACGUGUUGGAAGGUUGUGGUACCAUUCUUGACGAAGAUACGGCAGUCAUGACGAAGAAGACAAUAGACAUGUUUGCGUCGCCUGUGGACGAUCGAAGGAAAAGUGUUUGA